AAAGGGCAUGAUUUGGUCGGCCAUGUGGAAGUGAGGCCUGCACACUGCCGUCACACGUUCUCAAAUCUCAUGUAGAAAAAGUUCUCCUCUCGUUGAUCACAUUUCUAGGAAAGGCUGGUAGGCUGAACGUGUCGGAAUCUUUCAAAAGUUGUUGUACUGUUACCAGCCUAACAUAUUGACCAUGAUGUCGCCUUGAACGAGUCCUCCACCAGCACGCGAUUUGCAAGUGCCGCUCCUCGUGGUCGUUGGCGACAAUACACCACUGUCCUUACUAGCCGUGUGCGGCGCUCAUAGAGGAGGAACAGAAGCAAGCCCUUGACACAACCGAGCAACCCUUCCACCCUUGCAGCAGACCAGCCAAGAGUACUCUACCGCAACAAGAUCCUGUUUGUCGGAUUCUCCUUCGACCACAUUCUCGUCACAUAUGUAAUGGCGCCCUCAACGAUACCCACGUCCGUAGACGAGCUCCCUACGAAAGAACAACUCAAAGAGGAGGCGAAAGAAACAGUCAAAGGGGCAGUCUCAGGUUUGAGGUCCCUUGCUGCAGGUGGUGUUGGUGGUAUCUGCGCCGUCAUUGUCGGUCAUCCUUUCGACCUGGUCAAGGUGCGACUACAGACGGCCGACAAGGGUGUAUACUCUGGCGCCUUGGAUGUGGUCAGAAAGACGAUUGCCCGAGAAGGGCUGGCCCGUGGUCUAUAUGCCGGUGUGUCUGCACCUCUGGUGGGCGUGACGCCCAUGUUCGCCGUCAGUUUUUGGGGAUACGAUAUGGGCAAGUCACUGGUCAACAAAUUCUCCACCGUGCCCGUGGUGAACAAUACGCCUCAGUACAGCAUUGCUCAAAUAUCUUCAGCGGGGUUCUUCUCUGCCAUCCCCAUGACGCUUAUCACCGCGCCCUUCGAACGGGUCAAGGUCCUUCUGCAGAUCCAAGGCCAGAAAGAACUUGCGCCGGGAGAGAAACCCAAGUACAACGGAGGAGUUGAUGUUGUCAGACAGUUGUACAAGGAAGGCGGCAUCCGCUCUGUUUUCCGUGGAAGCGCCAUGACGCUGGCUCGAGACGGACCUGGCUCGGCCGCAUACUUUGCUGUCUACGAGUAUGUGAAGCGCAGCCUGAGUCCCAAGGACGCGAAUGGCAAUGCGACUGGAGAGCUCAGCCUGCCGGCCGUCAUGGCGGCGGGUGGUGCGGCCGGUGUUGCUAUGUGGAUUCCAGUCUUUCCCGUCGACACGAUCAAGUCGAGAAUACAGACUGCAGAAGGAAACCCAACGAUCAGAGGUGUUAUCAGCAGUCUCUACAGAAAUGGAGGUAUUAAAUCAUUCUUCCCUGGAUUCGGGCCUGCGUUGGCGAGAGCCGUGCCGGCGAAUGCAGCAACGUUUGUCGGCGUCGAGUUGGCCCACAAGUUCAUGAACAAGACGUUUGGAUGAACGGAGAGCACUAUUUCAAUAUGCUCGUGGACUGGUCAUGUUCUGUCAUCACAAGAUCCUGGUGCAAAUAAUGUCUAGGUUAGGCAGUUUCAAAAUCAUAUCUCGUGCUAGGGCAUAAUGUGCCAUUCAUCCGCCUCUUUUGACUGAGUUGCCAUCGCUUGUACUGAUGAAGGGCUUCUGCACGGUGACCUCAAAAGUAUCGUAGUAAAAGGAUUGUUGAUUCAAGUGUCUCCAACCUUG